GGCGAGCUGCUCACGGAGUUCCUCGAGGUGGCCAUCCACGUGAUCCUCUUCGAGCGGAAGGUCUACCCCGAGGACAUCUUCACGCGGCAGCGCGCCUUCGGCGUGCCCGUGACCAUGUCGCGGCACCCAGACGUCAACGCCUACAUCAAGAAGGUGCUCGGCGACGCGCGGCCGCUCUUCGACGCGCGCGCCGUCGAGUCGCUCGUCGUCGCGGUCACGGACGGCGGCGGCGAGCCGCGCGAGCGCUUCGUCUUCGACGUCGGCCUCGGCGGCGGCGCGGCGCCGAGCCCGGAGGCCGUCGAGGCGACGGAGUACGCCAUGCGCGCGCUGCUCGCCAAGCUCGCGGUCGCGCGGGGCCACCUGCCGCCGCCGCGGCCCGACGCGGAGUUCCGUUUGUUCCUGCACACGCGCGAGAACCCGCGCGUC